AUGGAGCCAAGCAAGAAGCAAGAAAAGACAAAUGGUUUAAGAAACCACAACAAAGUUAGAAGAGAUGAAGCUGUCUUGUCUUGUGUGACACAGAAAUUCCCAAGCAGCCGAGCCAGUUCCUGCACCAUCGCGAGCCCCAGUUGGAUUCAGGAAGACCAAAAAGAUUCUUCCAAUGUAUCAUUUCAGGGUCCAAUGAAAUUCAUAGGUAUAGGAAGAAGCCCUGUCAAUGAAAAUGUACUAUCUUUCUACUUUCUUUUUCAUUUUAUUCAUCCACUUGCUUUUCAGAUUCACAUUAUCUCAGGGCAUGCUAUAAAUUAUUAUGCUCAGCUUCAGCAGGUUUGGGGUUCUCACAGGCCGAUUCUGCGAAUUCGAGCUUCAGCAUAUCAGGAUGGCAACACUGUGGAGCCAAGCAAGAAGCAAGACAAGACAAGUGAUAUAAGAAACAACAAAGAUGAAGUUGUCUUGUGUAACUCAGAGAUAUCCAAGCAGCAGCAGUAUAAUCCUCUUCCACUUGUUAGUGCGAUGAAGACUGUAGCUCAACAAAAUGCUGCCACAUUUCACUUUCUUGGUCACAACGGAGGUCGCAGUGCCCCAUCUUCGUUAACUCAACUCAUUGGUCUCAAACCAUUUAUUCAUGAUUUGGCUGCAGUUCCAGAGCUUGACAACCUGGCUUCUCCACACGGGCCCAUUUUAGAUGCACAAAAGGAAGCAGCCAAGCUUUUUGGAGCAUUGGAGACAUGGUUUCUUGUUGGAGGAACCACUUGUGGAAUCCAUGCUGCAAUUAUGGCUACAUGUUCACCAAGAGACUAUCUAAUUCUUCCCCGGAAUUGUCAUUUAUCAGCCAUAUCUGCUAUGGUCUUAUCUGGUGCCGUACCUAAGUACGUCAUACCUGAAUAUGAUGUUGAAUGGGAUAUUUCAGGUGGGGUCAUUCCAUCACAGGUGGAGAAAGCAAUUGAGGAACUAGAGAAAGAAGGUCGAAAACUGGCUGCAGUCUUUGUGACUUCUCCUACUUAUCAUGGAAUAUGCAGCAACAUAAGCGAGAUAUCUCAGCUGUGCCACUCUCAUGGAAUUCCUCUAAUCGUGGAUGAGGCUCACGGGGCUCAUCUCGGGUUUCAUCCUAACAUGCCCAACUCAGCACUUCAGCAAGGGGCUGAUUUGGUUGCUCAAUCAACUCACAAAGUUCUUUGCUCUUUGACACAGUCAUCAAUGUUGCACAUGUCGGGCAAUCUUGUAGAUAAAGAAAAAGUCUCUGGAUGCCUUCGAUUGCUUCAAAGCACUAGUCCUAGUUAUCUUCUUCUAGCAUCAUUAGAUGCAGCUCGACACCAACUUACUGAAAACCCAGAAGCCUUAUUUGACAAAGCACUGCAAAUAGCUGCUGAGGCUAAGAAUGCAAUAAGAACACUUCCCGGCAUUUCCAUACUCAACUCUAAGAGUUUCCCAAAGUUCCCAGUUAUGGAUCCAUUAAGGCUAACCAUUGGUUUUAAACAGCUGAACAUGUCUGGUUAUAAAGCAAAUGAAAUUUUGUACAUAGAUAAUGCGAUUAUCUGUGAACUUGCUGGAACCACAUCUGUUACUUGUUCAUUUAAUCUUGGAACUUGUAGAGAACAUGUUGAGAGGUUAGUGUUUGGCCUAAAGAAUAUAGUGUCAUCUGCAGCACUGACUCAGGGAGCGAUAGAGAAGGUGGCUCAUGGUGUGGCUACACCAUUUGCUAAUUUCACCACAAGCUUAAUUCCAAGAGAGGCCUUUUUUAGAAGCAAAAGGAAAGUAAGCAUUGCAAACUGCCUUGGGGAAGUUUGUGGGGAGCUUAUAUGUUCAUUCCCACCAGGAAUUCCAGUGCUGAUACCUGGUGAGACUAUUACACAAAGAGCUUUGGAUUAUCUUUUUGAUGUUAGAAGUAAGGGUGCCAUCAUCAGUGGUGCUUCAGAUCCACAACUCUCUUCCAUACUUGUCUGCAACAAGUAGAGCACAUUUGGGUUCAAGUUCAGCUCUGUUAUCAAUGAUUAUGUUCAACUCCAACUUAGUCUAGCUGGUGUGAAAGUUAUUGAUUAUACAUUGUAUGAUAUUUCUGAAAAUUUCUGAGCCUAAGGCCUCUAAAUAUGUUGAGCUGACCUUAACUAGAGCUUACAGAUUUCUGAAUAUAAAUUUGGCGUACUUAGUGAAUUGAACACAAUAGUACUUUAA